AUGUACAAUGGCCCACCCCCGCUUGCCCCUGGUGGUGGAGCCGAGGUGCUCCCUGCUGGUCUCCUAGAUGGCCCAGAUGGCCUGGCCUCGUCGUGGCUGACCAACAACGGUUUUUCGCUCUUUGGGCCGCCAUCGUCGCCCUCGUCACGGCAGCACCAACAUAAUCAUGUAUCCACGUCUACCUCUGACGGGUCCGUGCACUCUAGUUCGAGUCCAAAUAGCAUAUUCGACUCUCAUCCAGCCAUCCAUCCACCCUCCGAUUACAGCCAUCCAGUGCAUACCACGACCUACAACAAUCACAUCCCACCCCAUGUCCCCGCCACGUUCCCGUCCAAAGAUCUUCUUAAACUCGGCUCACACCACGCAAAUCUCAGCGCUCCGUCUUCGCUUGGUCUCCCUGUCUAUUCCUCGUCAGGCUUCGAUCUCCUCUCCAUCCUCGCCCGCGUCGUCUCACGGCCAAAUCCAAAGAUCAUGAUUGGCCCAGUCGAUGGCUCGUGCUCAUUCGUUGUAUCCGACACCCGUCGCUUCGAUGCCCCUAUCAUAUACGCAUCACCCUCGUUCUACAGCCUCACAAAAUACGAAGAGCAUGAAGUCAUAGGCAGAAACUGUCGCUUUCUGCAGGCUCCAGAUGGCAACGUCCAGAAGGGAGAGGAGCGGCGGUUCGUCGCACCAGAGGCUGUCUCGCUCAUGAAAAAGAGCAUGCUUGCAGACAAGGAGUGUCAGGUGAGCAUCAUCAACUACAGGAAGGGCGGAGAACCAUUCGUCAACCUCAUCACCAUCAUACCUAUCGCCGGCGGCCUCUUCAACCGUCAAGAAGAGGCUGAUGAUGUCGUCUAUCACGUCGGCUUCCAGGUUGACUUGACCGAGCAGCCAAAUGCCAUCCUUCAGAAACUGAGGGAUGGUAACUACAUGGUCAACUACAGCUCGAACGUAUCCAUCCCCUCUCUCAUUUCUACCGCGUCCCGCGAAAGAAAGUCAAACGCUCCCUUCUCACUCGUCAUGUCUAACCGCCUCCGCACUCUCAUCUCCGACUCGACGUUCGUGAACUCUAUACCCAUUACCAAGUCCACCACCGUCGCACUCCCCGCCUCAACUGCUACCGACAAACCCGAGAUCUACGAAGGAAACCAGCUCCUAAAUCUCCUCCUCCUCGAGACUUCUCCGGAUUUCGUACAUGUCCUGUCCCUCAAGGGAUCUUUCCUCUACGUCGCACCCUCCGUGCGGCUCGUCCUAGGCUACGAGCCCGACGAACUUGUUGGCAAAUCUAUAUCAGAUUAUUGCCAUCCGGCAGACCUCGUACCGCUCAUGAGGGAACUCAAAGAGUCGUCUGCCAUAGUCGGACCCACUCAUGACAUGCCUAGUGUAACUCCUGUUAACCCUGCUCCAGGUGUUCCACGGGCAGUUGAUCUGCUUUUCCGUGCCCAGUCCAAAUCUCGCGGGUACCUGUGGGUAGAGUGUAGAGGUAGACUUCAUGUCGAGCCAGGGAAGGGUCGAAAAGCAAUUAUCCUGAGUGGUCGAGUGAAGAGAACGCCAAGUUUGCGGUGGAGCGCGAUAGCCAAGGCCGGAGGUCUCGCCCAUUCACUUCGUGGGACAGGAGGAGGCCGCCACCUUCAGCGGAAAGAACACAUUAAGGAGUGCGAACGGGAAUUCUGGGGUAUCCUCAACAACAAGGGGACAUUCCUCGUCGCUGGCAUGGCGGUGAGCGACGUCUUGGGCUGGGGACCCGGUGAGAUGAUAGGCAAGGUGAUCGGGGACUUUGUCGUGGGUGGUGACGUCCGGCAUCUUGUGGAGGAAGAGCUGAAGCGCACGUCGACUAUUGACGAGCCUAGCGUUAUGGCGUGUACGAUGAAAAGGAAAGAUGGCUGUCAGGUCUAUGUUGCUCUCGUUUUGUAUUGCACGCCGUAUAGAGGGUCGCCGUCGCCUUUCCCUGUGAUAUGUCAGAUCAAGGCUCUGGGCGAUUCUUCUUCCUCGUCGGAUGGAGGGACCCUUGCGCAUCCGCUCGACUCGAGCGUAUUCGAGGAGCUAGACACCAAGCGCGGGUCGAGUUGGCAGUAUGAGCUGCAGCAGCUGAAGUAUGCUAAUAAACGGCUGGAAGAGGAAGUGGGAGCGUUGGAAGCGUCUCACCGACCAUCGCAUUUCGCCACUGGUCUUGCGAGUGAGCCGCAGCGCAAGCAGAGUAUCGCUCACGAAUCGCGGCAGGGCUACUUCCCCAUCAUGUCCCAGAGCUACCCUACACACCUGAAGCGCUCAUGGGAUGCAGACGGCCCGACAUAA